CCCAGAAUGGAGGUAAAGUCAGAAAACUUAAAGAUGAUGUUAAAGCUAAAAGUUAAACUUUGUCAUUUAUGUGUAUCAACCUGUCUGGAAACUGUUGUCACAAGCUACAUAGAUGAGAUUCAGGAAGUGAGAGGUACUAUAAAUGUCUAACACACUGUGAAUAGACACUAUAAUGUCAAGUGAUCUUCUUUUGUUCUGUGACUCCUUUAUGUUUUAUUUUUAACAUCAAACCAAUGAAAAUUCAAAUGGACAUGAUGAAGAUACUGAGAAAUGAAACAUCACAGCUGUUUCGGAUGCAGACAGUCAGUUUGAAGUUCAUUCUGGUCAUUCUUUGGCUUAUUACAGGUGGUGAGUGUAGGACAGUAACUGUUCAGACUGGUGGAUCUGUUGUUAUUCCAUGUCAUUAUGAAAGUAAAUACACACAAAACAAGAAAUACUGGUGCUUUGAUACAAGACCAUCUUACGAUUACUGCUCUUUUCUGGCAUAUUCAAAUGAAACCAACAGAAACGUGUCAGUAAUUGAUCAUCCCGAUCAGAGUUUAUUUACUGUCACUAUGAGAGACCUGCAGGAGCAAAACACUGGAACCUAUUGGUGUGCUAUUAAAAUUGAAGGUGCUGCCUAUGAUGUGACAGAGUGGUUUUAUAUCACAAUCCAAUCAGCUCCUGAAGUCUCUGUGAUGUCCAGCAGUGUAACUGUAGAUGAAGGUGGUAAUAUCAGUGUACAGUGCCUCUACACUUCUACAUACAAGAAAAAACACAAACAGUGGUGCAGAUAUAAAGACAAGAGAUGUUACACAGUGGGAAGAUCUGACACAUCCCAGAAUGCAUCAGUUGAGAUCAGUGACGAUAGGAGAGAAUCUUUGACUGUGGUGAUGUCUGGACUGAUGAAGAGUGAUUCUGGCUGGUAUUACUGUUCUGUAGGAGAUCUACAGGCUCCUGUUCAACUCACAGUCACUGUUGCUAAAGUUUCUGUUGGAAAUUCAACACCUGUUAAAUUCAUUAAUGUGGAACCUACAACAAGUAAUACAGUCACUGAUGGAGAACCAACAACAGUCCCAACCUUCCGAAGUUCACUAACCUCAAAAAGCAAUCAGCUGACGGUAACAACACAGUCUCAUCUGAGUACUGCCAGUCAUGUUGACAGCAGACAUACAGCUCUCCCUACUAUAACACCAACUCCCAAAAACAACAAUCAAAUAUCAAGUACUAAAGAGCCAAAAAGUCACAGACAGUAUCUAAAGUUGUGGCUUCUACCCAUUGUUCUGAUUCUGCUGCUGAUUUUGGUUACUGUGACAUCUGAAAUACUGAGAAACAAACACAAAAGAAAAAACAAUCAUAUCACACAUGAGAAAAAAGAUGAAGCCAGUGAUAAAGACGACUCGGUCAAUUCAUCCUCAGUGAAUCCUGAAUGUGAUGUGACAUACAUUUCUGUGAUUAAACUUCCCAAGACUAAAGCAGACGACUCAGUUAAUUCAUCCUCAGUGAAUCCUGAAUGUGAUGUGACAUACAGUUCUGUCAUUAAUCUUGCCAAGACUGAAGCAUGUGAACCAGCAGAUGUAGAGGAAAAUGUGAUCUACAGCUCUUUAUGUGUAUAGGUGUUUGGUCUGGAUUAAAUACCUGAACAAAAUAUGAAACAGUAAUACAAAACACCAAAACAAACAAGAUUAGCUUUUAUAAUUCAGUCUGAAUAAAUAUGGUUUGUUUAUGUAUGCAAACAUAUAAAGAACGUGCCUAAAUGUGUCUUAAUUAAAUAAACUGUUUGUAUUUCAUUCAUGUUUGGUUGAUUUAUAUAAGCAUCUUCAGAAACAAGCCAUUGGUUUUCAGUUGGUUGUAAUGUGCUUGCCUUUAAGUGUAAAUGUCAAAAGAAAUAUCAUAAUAAGAAACCAUUGCUUCUGAAUAUGUUUUAUCAUUUUAUGUUUAACAUUUAGCAUCAUGUAAUUUUGACAUCAGUGAUUUCAGUAUUAGUCUUUUAAAGAAAAAAAGAAAAAUGUGAAAAGCUAUUUUAUUUUAAGUUUCUUUAGAUUAAGUAACUGCUCAAUAAAAAAAACAUGUAAAUGUAUUUGGUUUGGGGCAGCAGUACUCAAAAAUGCUUAAUUAAUUUGUAACAAGAAAAUAAAAAUGUUUUGAGUAACAACAUACAUCUGCACAUACUGGACAUAUGUCUGUACAACUAAAUAUCUGCAAUCUACU